AGCAACCAAAAAUCGCUUUUGGCGCCAUACUGCAUUUUCCAUUUCACAUGAAGUCUCCUUUAUGCAGAUUACAGUGCAUAUCUAAUUGAGAUUUUACUUUCAAUAACUUCUUAUUUUGAACUGUUAACUGUUAACAGCAAUGGACAAGGAGGAGGUCCUGAAGCAUGUGGGCAAGGUGGUCAGGGCCCUGAUCACUUCCGCAAAACCGCCGGUCGAAUUGAAGUCCAUCUGCAGAGAUUACGUGGCCGUUGAGGGCGAACAGAUACCCUUUCGGAAAUUGGGUUACAUGAACCCCCAACAAAUGCUCCAGGAUACUCAGGAGUUUAACUUUCAGAGUUACGGCAGUGAGAUCAUCAUCACCGCUAAAUACAACGCCAAAACAGAGCAUAUUGCGUCUAUGGUGCGCAACCAAAAGUCUAGCAAGUCCAGGUCAAUAUCGAAACCAACGCCAGCUGCCCAAAGAGCAAACAGUCAGAAGGUCAACUACUCCUCCAACUCCCACAAUAACAAGCAGUUCCAGAGCAACUACCAGCAUCAGCAGCAGCGAUCUUACCAACAGCAGCAGUAUUGGCGUCCACCACCAACGCAAGUGUACCUGCAACCAGCCCCACAGCAGUUUCAUAUACCGUCGCAAGUGCAUGAUCGCCGGCACCUGCAGCAAGAGCAGCAGCAAGAGCAGCAGAAAGAGCAGCAGCGCAGGCUCCAGGAACAAGAGCUGCUGACAAGGGCAAAGCGGGAACAAGAUCUAAGGGAACAAGAGCUGGGCGCGAGGCUCAAGCGAGACGAAGAACUGAGGGUCUGCAUUGAACAAGAGCUAAAGUCCAAGCUUAGCACGGAACUGCAGGCCAGGCUCAAAAAGGAGCAAGCCAGGUUUGAAGAAGAGUUUCAGGCGCGGCUUAAAGAACAGCUGCAGUUGUUUAAGAAACAGCAAGACCACGAGCUUCAAAAGCGAACGGAAGAUUUAGAAAAUCAGAAGAAGGCUUACCAGCGACAAAAACAGGAGGAGGAACUUAAGCAGUUAAAAAUCAAGGAACAGCAGCGCAGGGAACAGGAGCGCAAGGAACAGGAGCGCAAGAAGCAGGAGAACAAGGAACAGGAGCGCAUAGAUAACGAGAAGCGGGAACGGUGCGAACGGAACGCUAGGAAGACACUACUGGGUUGUGAUCAGCCUGUGAAUAUGCGAUCUGUAAAGUUGGACCACGAGAAGAUCGUCUUAACGAUUGCAAACGACAAGGCGCCCGCCAUGAAUGGUCACGGCCAGAACCAUGUCAGGUCCAACGGACAAGGCAAAUACAACGGUAGCAAGCCGCCAUUGCGUGCUAUCCUGGGCCAUAGUGCUCCGCAGCGUCAUCAGGCUCCAAGCAGCGUUUUUAAUACACCUGAAUCUAGCUACAACCGGCCGUUCCAUCCGCGUGUGCUCCACCCCGGAAUGUCGCGCUCCACGGGCAGCUCUGUAAACCAUAGACUGAAGGUGAAGUCGCAAUCGGAUGCUCCAGCGCCAGCAGGAGCGCCCAUCACUCCGCCCGCUUCGCCGGAGAACGCACAAAUAAAGUCGGCUGGCAAACCCUCGCCCAAGGAUGAUGUGCUAAGGGUGCAGGACACCCAGGUCACAGCGGGCAAAUCCAAAACCAUUGCAAAACCGAAGGUUCCGCUCAAAAUAGAUGCUUCCUUCGAUGCCGUCUCUUCGCUGAACCUGUAUUGCGAGGCAAAUGGCUAUGAGAAACCAUCGUAUAACAUAUUCAACAAGCCGCCGCGCCUGCACUGUUCGGUGCGGAUCGAUGGCGAUGUGUACAGCAGCUAUCCGGAGGAGUUCGCUGCUGAAGAGGCGGCCUACCAGCGCACAGCCCAGAUCGCCAUCCAGCGUAUCCAGCACGCCGAGUCGCACCAACAGCUCUCCGUUUGCACUCUAAGCAAUGAGGAGUUCAUCGACGGAUUGUACAAGGAGUUGCUAAAGUACCCGCACGGCAUAUUGGGCCACAAACUGGAGGAUUGGUAUGGCAGCACCUUCCGCCAGCACCUGCCCAGCCAUUGGUACGACCUGAUCAUUGAGUCGAACAAAAUUCGCGUUGAGCACGGCAUUGACCCGAGGAUCAUACUGUUCGCCAACGAUCCGGGCAUUCCAGAACCGAUUCGGAUCAGCACGACCAGCAUGUUGCCGCAACUGAAGCUGCCAUGGCAGGCAAGCGAGGGUGGAACGCACGACUUGAACAUGUUCAUCAGCCACUGCGACUCCACCAAGCGGGUGUGGGCUCGGCUGAUCGACCAGAUAGCCAACUUUGAGGAGCUGACAAAGCACAUGGGUCGACAAAUGGCGGUGCCGCUGUUCCGCCAGAAGGUCGCCAAACCGUACGUUAACGAAAUCUAUCUGGUGGAGCUGCCCGAUGGCUGGAACCGUGUACGGGUGAUCUCCGUUAAUGAGGAGCAACGUUCGUGCAGCUGCCACUUUGUUGACUUUGGCGACGUGGCGCUGUUCGAGAGUGAGGAGCUGUUCCAGUGUCCGCCACAGUUUCUGGUACUCCCGCCGCAGGCCGUGUGCCUGAGCAUGUACGCGUUGGACAAGUUCGAGGACCAUCCGCACGCCCAAGCGGUGUUGACCAAGGAGCUGGAUGGCCAGUCGGUUGUGGCCCAUGUCCUCACCACCGAAGCACAGUUCCUCGAACUGGGCGGCGAUCCCCAGGGGGUGUUGGAGAAGGGCAAGCGACGGGCCUGCUUGGUGGCCACACUGUACGACACCUCGACGGCCGAGGACAUUCAUUUGAACGAUUUGGUUGCCAGCAGGAUCACCAAGUGUACACCGGCACCUACGCUUUGUGACGAAGCGAAGAUUGGUAAGACCACUCCCGUUCUUGUGUCCCACAUCAACGACGAUGGCGAUCUGUUGGUGCUGCUUCGCAACGAUGACCUCAAGUUUGUGGAGCGCAGCAUUGCCCAAACGGUGGCUGAUUUGGGUGAGCAGGACCGAGUGAGCUAUUCCGAUCUGCUCCACGAUCGCCAUGUCUUCGUGUGUGAUGAGUCGGUCGAGGGCCUGAAGCAGUGGUUCCGCGGGCAAUUGGUCACCAGACCCAAGAAUCCGGAGGAGGAGACCUUCGACGUCUAUUACGUGGACGACGGAAGGCAGCGCAAGACGCACAUCUCCAAUAUCUACCGCCUGGAGGCCAACAACAGAGCGCUGGCCACGUUCCCGCCGCAGGCACUGCCCGUUCGCCUGCACGACGUUCCCGAGAUCGCGGGUCAGAUGCUGGGGCGUCUUCGCGGUCUCAUGCCUGCUCGCAGCCAGGCUCUGCUCAAGGUUGUGGCCAAGGAUGGCGCAAAGCCAUUGGUCAACGUCUUCAUCCGCGGCCAGGAUCCGGAGUCCAUGUACAUGUGCGUGAACAUCGGUCUUCGCAUGGAGUUCGAAAUGGCUGGCUCCAUACGUCCGGAGAAGUGCGACGAUUUGCCCCUGAGUUCCAACGUCCAGCUGCCCAGGCGCAGCAGCUUCAGCUCUGUGGUCUCCAGCCAGAGCAGUGGCAGCGACCUUGUCGCCCUCACCCCGCCAAUAACGCCUCAGAAGGCGGCAUCCAACAGAUCGGGCGCCACCACUUUCUCUUCACUGCUGCUCAAGGAUUAUGAGGCCAUUCCAGCGGUGGGCGCUUACUUCGAGGUGCGAGUUGCCCUCUCCGUAAAUCCCGGUCAUUUUGCGGUGCAACCGUAUAAGUGCUACAACCAGUUGCAGACUUUGAUGAAGGAUCUGCAAGAGCAUUGCACGGGACCUGCUGCCAAGGGAGUCCAGCCCUCACAGCUGGCCAUUGGAGAGGCUUAUGCUGCGCCCGACAGCGACGGCGUCUAUCAUCGCGUAAAUAUUCGCAAGAUUUACGAUGAAAUUAUACACGUUCGAUUCGUGGAUGUGGGCGACGAUGGAGUGGUUGCCUGUGAUCAACUCAAAACGCUGCAGCCGGAUUUAAGGAAGCUGCCCAAAAUGGCACUGCCAGCCCAAUUAUAUGGCAUUCAACUAGCAGACGUGGUCUGGAGCAAGGAUAACUGCGUCCGAUUCCGCGAGCUGACGUUGGGUCAGAAGUUCAUCGGGAUUGUGCGGCGCCUGCACAAGCAGAAGGACGAAACGCGGGCACUCUGCCUAGAACUGGUUGACACCUCCACGCCGAAGGAUAUUAAGCUGCACGAGAUUCUCAUCAGCGAGAAGCACGCACAGCCGGAAACGAAGGAAGUCUGAGUGGGGAACGGAGAGUUGAGAGACCAACCACUUGAAUUUGUUCACGUUUAUGUUUGCUUAAUCAUAGUUUUAGGAUUAGGGACAUGUAACUUAUUACGACGACACAUUCCGCCAGCAUGAAGCGGCGAUAAUAGCCAAUAAACAAUGGACUUUGCUAUCGAGA